AUGGGCUCAAGGUAUUUCCUUGUCGAGGCAGCACAUCGCAUCUCCUCAAGUACCCGCAACUUGUUCCGGCAACCAAGUCGUAUAACAGUUCUUACUCCUCUACCACCACUGCCCAGAGCUAUGCAGCGAUCAAACCCGGAACUUCAUAAAUUCGUCUCUGAAGCCAACAAACGUGUUGUCACCAACGAAGAAUUUAUGGCCAAUAACGAAAAACUUAUUGCCAAUCACAAAAAGUAUAACAAUGAACAGAAAUGGAUAGAUAUCCUACUAUGGCCUGGUGCCAUCUUGGGAACUCUGGCAAGUUUUUUAACCUCUAUUAACAAAGCUUUACUAACAUCAUUUUCUAGUCCUUCUUCGGCUACAACAAAGAUGAACGCUCAGCCUACCAUCAUUACGUGA